GGAGAAGGAGCGGAUCUGAACAAGCAGUAGUAAGGGGGCGGGGCCUCGCCGUUUGGUGCGGGGGGCGGGGCCGCCUCUGAUUGGGCCGCGCGGCCUCUCGAAAGCACUUUGUUUUCUAUGCUAAUGAGGGCGGGGCAGAGGAGUGUGGAUAUUUACGUGGAGGCGGGAGCCACCGCCCUUCAUUUUUUUUUUAAUCCACAUGGUGUUUUUUUUUUUCCCUCUUCCCCCCCUCCCCUUUCCUCCUCCUCCUCUUGAUGCCGCCGCCAUCAUCCUCGUCGCCGCGGUCUCCUCCCCCCCCCUCCUGCUUCCCGCCCCUUCCGUGCUUUCUAAGAAGAGCGGGAGAAGGGGGUGGGGCAGGCGACGGUCGCGGCGGUUGGUUGCGGGCCUCGGCCAUGUGGGAGCCUCGGACGCCGCCGGUGCCGGAGCGGGAGUCGGCGGACGGGAACGGGGCAAGGGGCCUCCCCCCCGGGCGAGCCGAGACGAACCGAGGAGGCGUGUGAGGGUCCGGCGGCCUGCGGGACGCGAAAAGGAAGUACAAGCUCGGGCCUGGCCGGCGGGGGUGGAGGGAAAAGCAGCGGGGCGAAGGAAGCGAAGUGCGACGCGCUGGUUGCCGUGCUCUGACCUGCCGCCGCAGCGCCCCCUGGCGCCCAUGCCGGCCUGGUCCGGUCCGGCGCGCAGCACGUGCUGCUCCGGAGAAGCCGCGAGCCCGGCUCGGGGGGCGCCAUUGUGUUUUCCCGGCUGCUUCCCGCCAGCUCCAGUUAGCCGGUCGUUGCUCGGGGCCGCCUUGGCCGAAUUACCCCGUUGGUGAAACGCCGAGAAUAACUUACUUUCUUGUUUGUCUUGUCUUUAGGUGUGGCGCUUUCGAAGUUCAAAGGCGGAGAAGCCGGGCGCGGGGGGGGGGGAGAAAAACCCCGGUUUUCCCUCCCUCCACGAGAGGCCUUUUUUUUUAUAUUUUUAUUUUUUAAAAAAGGUCGACUGGUUUUAUCAUCUCUUGGCGGCGGCGGAGCAACCGGGAGUCGGAUGUUUUGCCCUGCAGUUCAAGCCAACGGAGUAAGUUUUCAUGGCAUCGUUUUGGAAUACUUGGGUGAAGAGAACUUGUUCGCCUUGGGGGAAACUGUCACUGGAAGAAGGCAGCAUCGCUGCAAAAAGAAAUAGAAAUGUAGUAUAUAGGGGGGCAUCUGCUCUUUCUUUGCCUGUUAAGUCACUAGCCUUAGAUUUCAAGUAUAAGCGUGCCUGAAAACUGCUUUCAUUUUUACUUGGAAGUAUUAAAUGUUGCGUUCAUUCAUGAGCUGGACAUUUUUUUUUAUUGGGUUAAUCUGAAAUCUUUCAAUAUUCACUGGAAAGAAUUGCUAAUUUAGAAGCAACAGGUGUUGAUAAAUUUUCAGUUAUACGUGAUAACUAUUGUUGAGAAUAGAGUAAAAUACUUAUCAAGACUGGUGGAAACUUACUGGCUUAGGCCUAUAAACAUUAAUUUUAUUAAAAUACAAAAUGCAGUAUUGAGCACUAGUUUAUAAAUAGGUUUUGAUAAAGGAUAUUCAUUUUGGUCGAUAGCUUUCAUCAUAUUUGUUAUGAAGUACAGUAUGGUUUAAAAAACCCUCAUAGUUUGACCAUGUAAUAGUUAGAUACCCAGUUCAAUGAAUUAUUCAGGCUCUGCUAGUUAGAUCUAUAAAACGUUUUGAUAUUUCUGCUGAAGAUGUUUGAUAUUAGAUUUUUUCUUUUUUACAAUAAGUGAGUUUUAUGUUUCUAUUUGCUUAUACUGAAAAUUAAUGGAAACUUUGAUUUUCUUUUUGUCAGGUGAAAAAAUGUUUGAAAUAAGAAGAUCCUGGUCAUGUUAGAAUAAUGUCAAAGUGCUUACAGUGCAGGUAGUGAUUUAUGGAACCUACUGCAGUGAAGGCACUUGUAGCAUUAUGCUGGCAAGCGCCACAAAGCAUUUGAGAAUUUACUCCACAGUGACUACCGCACAAUAACUGCUUUUUGUUCUAAGGUGCAUCUAGUGCAGAUAGUGAAAUAGAUUAGCAUCUACUGCCCUAAGUGCUCCUUCUGGCAUAAGAAGUUGUAUUUUCUUCCAGUCACUUAAUACAGAAAGUAAAAUUUAAUAAUGUGUUGCAGUCUUCUGUUAGUUUUGCAUAGUUGCACUACAGGAAGAAUGUAGUUGUGCAAAUCUAUGCAAAACUGAUUGUGGCCUGUUAUUAUCUUCAUGUCUACAUUGUGAGUUAAUGUACACUAUCCUCCACAGUACAAGUGAUCCUAAAUGGCUCCUGUAGCACUAAAGUGCUUAUAGUGCAGGUAGUGUUUCAUAAUCUACUGCAUUAGGAGCACUUAAAGUACUACUAGCUGAAGAACUUCAUAUCUAUCCCGUUUUUCCUUGUUUCUACUUUUAAUGGCUGUUAAACACUGUUCUCUGGUUAGUUUUGCAGGUUUGCAUCCAGCUGUGUGAUACUCUGCUGUGCAAAUCCAUGCAAAACUGACUGUGGCAGUGAAAAGGCAAGAAAGUAUACUAAGUUUGUACCCCUUUCUACACAGGUUGGGAUCGGUUGCAAUGCUGUGUUAAAUCUGUGGUAUUGCACUUGUCCCGGCCUGUUGAGGUUGGUGGGGCAAGAAUCUGCAGCAACUUAAGGUCCCUUCUCAGUUAAUUGUUUGGGAGCAGCAAUUGGACUGGUGUAGUGAUCAAUGUAAUUCUUUGAAUCUAAAAUAAUUUUUAUUAAAUGGUGUAAUGAUGCUGUUGAGUACUUUUUCUUCCACUGUUGGCAAAUGAGCUUUAAACAUAUAAAGCAACCAUGUAUAACUUAGUAUUUACAAUAAAUCACAAGCUUUAAUAUUAAUAAAA